UGUUACCAUAUUUGUGUUUAAAUUCUGUAUUGACAUAAAAUGUCAUGCUUUGCGAUUUCGUGGUGAUUGCAGGAUUGAUGCACCUUCUAUCUAUCUUGGUAUAGGUUACGAGAAGAGCCUAUGAUGUUGAAGUUACUAUCAGGAUAGCUGAUAUUCAGAUGAACUUUUCAAAGUUUAGGAUUUUUAUAAGGAUCAUGAGUCUUGACAAGGAGGAGGGAUGCAGGAUAAUGCUAAACAACUGUUAUUUUUAACACUGUAGCGAGAAAGAGGUUCCUUUGUUUUCAGUCCUAAUGGGGACAGAACACACAAAGACGGGGGUUAAAAAUGGUGAUGGGGAGAAGCUCUCAGUUCCACCUGGUUUUGCGUCACUUACAUCUUUUGUGCUGAAGAGGGUAGAAAAUAGUGAAGAAACUUGUAGCUCCAUGGCCUUGGGAAUGGAAUUUGAACCAGAACCAACACAGGUGGACAUUACUUGCAGCAUAAAUGACAUUACAAAGCUUAAGAGGUCUCUCAAGCGUAGACCGUGGUUACUUGAUGAUCAGUACACUCACAAACAUGAGGAAUCCGACUCUGAACAGCUUGAUAUGAAUAUUCCUUCGAAGACUUGCCUUCCUAAAGGGGUGACCCGCGGAUGUUCAAUUUGUAGUAAUUGCCAGAAGGUCACAGCAAGGUGGCGUCCAGAAGAGGCAUGCAUGACUGUAUUUGAAGAUGCUCCUGUUUUCCACCCAUCUGAAGAGGAAUUCAAAGACACACUUAAGUAUGUUGCAAGCAUACGGCCACAAGCAGGGUCCUACGGAAUUUGUCGCAUUGUUCCUCCUCCUUCAUGGCAACCACCGUGCCUUCUUAAGGAAAAGAACAUAUGGGAAUGUUCCAAGUUCACUACUUAUAGUCAACGGAUUAAUGAGUUACAACAUUUGUAUUCAGAGAGAAAACUUGAGGGAAAUCAUGAGAAGAUGAAGGGAAAAAGGAGAAGAACUUUGGGAAUGAGCUUGGAAUGUGGAUCGGAUGAAGUAUUUGUCUCAGACCCUGAUAAAACUGGGCAUUUUAAUGAAGGCUUUGAGUUCAAACCUGGUGAAGAGUUCACAUUAGAAACUUUUAAGAAAUAUGCAGAUGAUUUCAAAAGGCAGUAUUUUUGCAUGGAGGGCAGGGUUACAGAGUCAGAUGAUAAUUCCUCCGUGUUUGAAAACCACUGGGAGCCUUCAGUGGAAAAUAUUGAGGGUGAAUACAGACGGAUUGUUGAGAAUCCAACUGAAGAGAUAGAGGUGCUACUUGGUCUUAAUCUGGAAUCUAGAGUUCUUGGAAGUGGGUUUCCAGUGGUAUCAGAUUCAGCAGAGACAUUUGAGUAUCCUGAAUAUGAAGAAUCUGGUUGGAACUUGAAUAAUAUUUCUAAGUUGCCUGGUUCUCUUCUUGCUUUUGAGAGCAACAAGACUUCUAGCAUUUCGUUCCCUCGGCUCUUUGUAGGAAUGUGUUUUUCAUCUCUUCUUUGGAAAGUUGAAGAGCAUCACUUGUAUUCACUGUGUUACAUGCAUUUGGGUGCUCCAAAAGUAUGGUAUGGCAUACCAGGACGAUGUUACUUUAAGUUUGAGGCAGCUGUGAAAAAGUACUUUCCUGACGUGUUAGUAGAAAAUUCUGGAUUGCUUAAUAAAAUGGUCACGCAACUCUACCCCUCCAUAUUGAAGUCUGAGGGUAUACCUGUAUAUCGUUGUGUGCAGUAUCCUAGGGAGUUUGUCCUUGUACUCCCAGGAACUUAUCAAUCUGGAUUUGAUUGUGGCUUCAAUUGUACUGAAAAAGCUAAGUUUUCUCCCUUUGACUGGUUACCUCAUGGUCAGAAUGCUGUGGAACUUUAUGGUGAGCAGGGUAGGAAGACAUCAAUCUCUCAUGAUAAGCUGUUGCUUAGGGCAGCCAUGGAAGUUGUUAGGGCGCAAUGGGAAAUCUCAUUAAUGAGGAAGAACUCUGAAUAUUAUCUAAGAUGGAAAGCUUUAUGUGGAAAGGAUGGGAUCUUAUCAAAAGCACUUAAGUCACGUAUUAAGCAAGAAAGCUUGAGGAGGGAAUAUCUUUGCAAUUCAUCACAAUCACAAGAGAUGGAAAUGGACUUUGACUCUACUAGUAAACGGGAGUGCGUUAUAUGUCUCUAUGAUUUACACCUUUCUGCCACAAGUUGUCCGUGUUCCCCAGACCGAUAUUCUUGUCUAAAACAUUCAAAGCAGCUCUGCUCAGGCUCCGUGGAGUGCCCGAUAUUAUCCUCUCCCGACUUCAACAUCACCAGAGUUAAAUGUCUCCGGUAA